ACUUUGUGUGAACUAGAGUCGCAUAGCACCCGGAUAUGGCGGCCGAUAUAGGCGAUGCUGGCGAAGUCGUUAAGUGAACCAUUCUCACUUGAAUCUCUCUGAAGCUCUAUCUUUAGGUAGCAAAAACAGCACGACUUCCCAUGUGAGUAUAUCGUCUUGAAAAGGAGAUUCUCUACGAGCGGUUAGCUUUUCUCGAGCUCGAAAAUAUGCCUUUCCACGACGCAGAACCCUUUGACAGCUGAUGUUUUGCUCCUGACGUGUCGUUCUUGUUUAGCACCUGCGAAGAGCAUUUGGAUCAGGCAGCACCCGCUACAACCACACAUACACUCUAGCGUUCCAUCUGGCAAGCAAGUGGACGUGUUCAAAAAGCUGCGAAAAGAGUAAACCUACUCGCUGAAUUUAAGGCAUAUAGAGUUGUUUUGUGUCGUGCUCUGAAUCCUUCAGGAUUUCGCAAUGCAUUCGUUGUGGACACGGUUGCAUGCGAUCUUGGCUUGUAUGCUGAGCGCGCUAACUGCUAUGACGUUCGUGUUCUUCUUAUCGACAGCGUUCAAUAAUUAUGCGACAGAUGUCAAAUUGUCUACCGUCAAAGUAGUUGUCAAAAGUGUGCCAGAUUAUACGGUAUCCAAAGAGGAACUAGAUCUCGGCGUGAUCACAUUCGACAUCGAUGCCAAUUUGACUGAAGUCUUUAACUGGAACGUGAAACAGCUCUUCCUUUACCUUGCGGCUGAAUACGAAACGAAAACGAACAAAGUCAAUCAGGUUGUAUUAUGGGAUAAAAUCAUUCAACGUGGCCAGGACCCAAUCCUCAAGCUUCAGAACCUGCAUAGCAAAUACUAUUUCUGGGACGAUGGCCGCGGAUUACGAGACAUUCCAGUAAAGCUUAGCCUCAACUGGAACGUAAUCCCUAACGCUGGAAUUUUACCAAAUUUUGCUGGUCUUGGAUCACACGUUUUUAAGUUUCCCGUCGAGUACUCAAAAAACGCACGGAUAUAGGUCAAUCAUUAACCAUUCCCAGCUUGUGUAAAUAAUACACCCGAAAAAUAUAUGAAUCUAUGUUAAAACGCAAACGAAAACAUUUUCAUUGUACGGACAGAACGACUUCGAUUUUUGCCCAAAUAUUAGAAUAAUACCCUAAUUGCAAUAUGAUCUAUGUAAACAAAAAAAAGCGAUAAAAAUAUGAUGUUCAUGAGUAAAAUUUGAUCAUUUGUUCGUAUAGCAAGUGAAACGACGUCGCGUGAUUAGCGUUGAGGGGGGGGGACAAAGGCGUCAUGGUGUUCCGAAUACCUACAUCCUCUUCACCGGUACAACUUCCCGCUAGAAUACAAUUAGAUUUUAUUAGGUAUACACCGGAAAAAAUUAUCAAUUAUUUAUGCAAUCUGACCAAAUUCUCUACUAGGUGUGCCUGACGUGCGAAAAAAAGCUGCUGGUGAACGUAGCGAAGUGUCGUCCCAGAAUGGGCUAUAUGAAGAUGGUGCGAAAGUGAACAAGUGAAUGUUACAAUGAUUUCAUAAGCUAGUGCGGUAUCGAGUGUUUCUUAUAUAACAAUAAUAAAAAUAUAAUUUAGGUGAAUUGUUGUACUAAAAAAACAUGAUGUUACCUCUUCGCAGCCGCAGAACCGAACGAGAAAACAGGAUGUGGAAUAGGUUAGAAAAUGAGCUAACAAUGUAAGGCAAUUACGUGUAAUAAAGAUAUAUAUAUAUAUAAGAUAACAAAGU